AUGGCACUAGUGUCGGCACAUGAGGACCGGCUCGCCAUGCCACCGUCAGCGCAGGCACUUCUUCCAUCAUCGGCAAUGUCUAUCCAGCAGCUGAUUGCUCAAUCCCUUCCACCACGACGAAAUGCACUCAAUACAAUCAAACCUGAGGCUUGGUACAGCAAGGACAUGCCAUCUCAGGAUCUCCAGAUGCUUUUGACACGUUCGCUCCCUUCGAAGACAACCCUACAACAGAUUGAAAGGAAAUAUGGUAAAACAUGGAUGAACGGAAUGAACUCACUUAUAGACCCAAGAUACGAUGAUGGUCGUGAUCGUUUCCCACUCUAUGCGCUUACUCUCUGGAAGCAGCUGGGCCGUGUAGUGGAUCAGCAAGAAUCUUGGCAGAAAGCAUUAGUAUGGUUAGAGGCAGAAGAACGAAGUGCAGACCCUUUGGUCGGCGCAAUGAUUACCAGUGCUAUAGGCCGGCUAGACGAGCUUGGCUGGGAUGUUCCACUUCAAUACCUUCGUGGUUCUGCUUCGACCAGUCUUCUAUCUGCUUUAUUCAGCAACGAGUGGCUCAGUUCUGACCACAUGGACAUGGCGGCCGAAGAACUAAGCUUGCGAAUUGUCGACGACGGUCAAGCACAUCUGAAGAUACGUGUCGCGCCGGUUGCCUUUGCCAAUAGUCUUGCAGAUGCCGCACGCUACAAACAGGCAUAUUCGAAGCGGCAGACUCCUUUACUCUGCCGAUAUGAGCGUGAAGUGACGGCCAAGGAGCUGGAGAGGCUUUACUUUCCGAUUCAUGUUCAUGGGAAUCACUGGAUUGCGGGGUUCAUAGAUUUUUCUAGCAAGACAUUUGGAUACGGAGACUCUUUAGCUGGACAGGGAUCUUGGCCUCCUGAUACCUUUGUUCGCGCAGUCAGACGUUGGCUCGAUUAUCUUGACCUAGGCGCAUUCACCAAUGAACAUGACAGUUUGCUGCACGGAGACCAAACAGACAUGUUCUCUUGUGGAGUCGCUACCUUGAAUACCAUUGCACAUGUGGUCUUCGGUGAUCCACUAUGGUCCCAGAAGCGCAACGUCCGCGAGCGCAUCUCAUGGUUCAAUCGUCUAUCUCAACGAGUCAAGAACAUGGAUUCGACUCCCUAUGAUGCCGUUGAUCUAAGUACAGCACACCCCGCACACCCUCAAGACACCUUCACGAGCGAUGAGAUUGCAGUUGCUGUCGCAAUCGGUGAUCACAACUUCUUAGAUCUUGCCGCAUUUACUUCCACCGGCUGUGAUGAUCGUGAAUCCAUCAGUGUUGACCAAUCUACCUAUGGCAAGACACCACCUUCCAGUACUUUCUGCUCUGAAUAUGAAGCGAGCGAAUACGAUGCAAGUUGCUAUGCGUCACCAGCACCACUGCUCCCUGACGAAACUGAGGUACCCUGGAGUGAUGGUCAUGGGGUAGAUUUAUCGUUGCAGAACAGAGGCCUGGUUGGACUGGAGUGGGACGGUGGUGUUAAUGACCACCAGUUGGAUGUGGAUUGGGUGAAUUCGGAGCGAGAGAAGAGCAGUAAGGUGAAGGGAACAGCGGUGGGAAGGAUUGGUCAGCAACUCGACAGCCAACUUGUUCAAGUUCAACAAGUGGUCACUAGCAGCAUCGAAUGGGCAACUCGCGCACGUAAACGUUCACAUGGGUCAUCCACUGGCAGCGAGUAUAGUGGCUCCAAGUCAAACCCCUCGAAGAAGAUAAAAGCCACUGGCGCAGCAUCAUCAGGACACCCCCUGACGUCCCCUGAUUCACUCUACGAGCGAUGGAAGACAAAGCUAUUGAAAGACGACUCGUUAGUCAAAUUUGAUGAGAAAAAUCAUCUGAGUGCCCGCCAUUCCAACUGUGGUGUGAACCUCACCAUGCGGACACUUUAUGAUGACUCUUGCUGGAAAGCUCACUUGAAGAUUUGCAAAUCCGCGCAUUCAAGUGUUGAUCAGAAGAAAUGGUGUCGCUUUCAGAAAAAGCUUCGUGAAGCAGACCCUCUUGUUCUAUUCCACCACUCAAAACCACGCUGUGUUCGUCAUUCUGUCUGUGGAUCAGAUGUCACCAUGAAAGCACUGUAUGAUACAUCACGGUGGAAGAGUCACCUCCAGGAUUGUGAUGAAAACCCUAAAAUUAAGGCAGCAUCUCGGACCCAAACCCUCCAUUCAAUGUUCGCGUUCACAAAGAAGUCUAGUCUGCAGCCAUCCCAGAAGAGGACUUCGGCCUCGAUGACAGCACCAUGUCCAGGUGUCACUAGGCAUGAUUCGGACCAUAUACCAACCUAUUUACACCGGACAGCAGCCAUUGGUGGGGGUGCUCGCUCAGUCACAGUCAUCGCCAAGGAGAAAUUUGGUUCAUUAUUUUCCAAGCUCAAGGCGAAGCUGAAGAAGAUAGUUUUGGACCAACAAUUCCACGAGCACCAAUGGCAGAAUGACCAUGCCAACGAGCGUGUGUUCUCUGCACAGUAUUGCAAGAAAGUAGUCAAUGUGCAGAGUAAGGAUGAUCCUCCACUCCCCUGCACGCCGUGUAAAUCACUUCUUACCAACAAAGCAUUCAAAAAUGCCAUCCAACGACCAAUGCCUAAGGAUAAGAAUUUCAUAUUCACUAACUACCGGUUCCGCCCUCAGUUACUCGGCGAGAUAUAUGCUCGCUCAAUUGGCUUAAAAGAUAUUAUUAUAUCAUCGGAUGCUAAGAAUACCCCUUGUAUCCGUUUCGCAGAGGGUGUGCUUGCCGGAAAGUACAAAGACCUAUCUGUCUUUACGGGACUUGUUGAGGCCAUGGUCACGAAAGUCGACCGUACAGAACGAGGCGUCGGAACACAGAACUUCCAUUACGCUCCUGCAUGGGAUGAGUUCUGCCAUAUCAUCAAUAUACACAGCCCAAGAGCUUAUCAAGCUAUGGUUCGACAGUUAGCUGGCCGGGGUACACGCAGUUAUAGGGAGAAGGAGGCUCGACUACCCCGGUUUCCAAUGAAGAUCUGUAAUGAGAGCUUUCAGCGUCUGAAAAACCAGCUCACCGCUCUUGGCUAUGUCGGGCCUGUUGGACUCAGCUGCGAUGAUACUAAGCUUCUACCUUCGCUACGGCUGUACUGGGACAAGGACGAAAAUUCCUAUUUCCUGGUUGGCGGUGUUGAUGGACCAAUCCGAGUGGUUAAUGCCGAUGAAAUAAAGCAAGCUCUACGAGAUGCAUCAGUGGUCAAAGCAGAGAAGCUCCGCAUUUGGUGUGUUACGAUCCCUCUCCCGAAAGUGACACCAAUUAUAUUUGCCUGCAUGGGAAUCCCCAACGACCUCUCUGCGAGCACACUCUACGUUUAUCUGAAGCAAGUCCUUAACGGACUCAUUGAGAACGAUAUCCCGGUUGUUUCUUACGCAUGUGAUGGAACCGAGGUCGAGCGGUCAGUCCAGCGCAAACUAGUCGCAGAUUGUGAAGCCAGCGGAACAGUUAAGCGGUACAUGAUCGACUCGGAUGGUCAAGGGGGCACACCCAUCAAGAUCACCGUGCCUGUUUUCAAUGGACAGCCUAUUGUCAUGAUCCAGGAUUCCAAGCACGCAUUAAAGACUUUCCGCAAUAACCUCUUCGCAGGAGCUCGCCUUCUGACUCUCGGAAACCACAUUGCGGCAUAUCGAUUCGUUCAAGAGAUUGCAUUCAUGCCGGGAUCCCCUUUAUAUCAUCGAGAUGUCGAGAAGCUUGACCGACAGGAUGAUAACGCUGCCGCUCGCCUGUUUUCUGCUGCCACCCUUGAAUUCAUCGUCGCAACACGCCCACAAUAUGUUGGGCUCAUUGUUUACCUCUUCGUCUUUGCGGAAUUGGUGGAUGCGUAUCAGAAUCGAGCUAUUUCACACCUCGAGCGCAUCAAGAUGGCACUCCGCGCUUACCACUUUAUCAACAUGUGGAAAACAUACCUGACGGCAACCAAGCACAAGCACACGCAGCAUCUCAUCUCUCGCGAAGCCCUUGACAUUGCCAACAUAAUUAUCGAGGGUCUCAUCGGCCUUGUUCUUGUAUACCGAGAUCACAUCAACAGCAGCACGAUCCCAUUGCUCCCAUGGCUGCACUCUACGGAAGCCUGUGAGCACACCUUCGGCGAGGCCAGAGCUGUGGUAAAAGACUUCACAUUGUUGGAUUUUGUAUAUAUGGUACCGAAGCUCAGUGUCAAAUUGCGGGAGGCAGUCAUGAUGGCCAAGGUUACGGGCGAGAAGAAGACUGCAAGUGGGUAUUGCCACACCUAUUUCGACUGCGAUACGUCCAACCUAGCUGCACUAGCUGUAUUUCCUUCCGAUGUUGACAUCGUGGCAGCAUCGAACGAGGCUUCUCAGGACGCCGAUAACUUAUUUGAUUUACUAGGGGUCCGUCCGUCGCAGUUGCACAAGAUCAUGAAAUCACACGCACCAGAACCCAUUUUACCUUCGGUCAACUCAUGGCUCAAUGACUCUGACGUCGACUCAGAUGACGAAGAAAGUGUCUGUGAAGCGCAAGAGUUGCAGAGGAUGGUUGAUGCCGAAGAAGCUAGUCUCAUACCACGCAGCAACAAGGAUGAUGAGCGUGUGAUGUCUCUCACUUGCACAGGUAUCGUGCUUGCUGUCGACGACUUCAUUGCAGUGCAAUCUAUGCAAGAGCCUGACGAAGAGGCCAUAGAAGAAUCCCUUGCCGAAGAGUAUUCAAAUAUUUGUACUUCACUGAGAUUGGCCAACGUCUCUACUCUAUCUGUACCUUCAAAGCCCCUCGGACAAGGCUCAUUCACCAUGAAUGAGAUCAGCUUCACUGAUCUCAUCAAUUAUCGACGUCUUCACCAGACUCAACACGCACUCAAGGCUACUCGCGUUCAACUUCGAGAAAACAGUGACGAGGAUCUUGAUUAUCUUCCGAAACCCCCGCAGUCGCUCCGCCUCCAAUUGACUCGCGAAUUUCAUGCCAUUCUGAGGGAGGACCAGUUCCGUGGUGUUACAACAGGACUCGGACGAGCAAAGCGUAUACAAGGCAGCGCUGAUAGUACACCAACAAUUGGUAACGCUGCAAAUGCUGUACUGGCUGCCGAUGCAGUCACCCGUAAGAAUGCUGAAACUCGCUCGAGGUUGUAUUCCACAGGCGGAUUCACAGGAAUCCUACUAUCUCGAAUCAAAACGGGUGAUAUUUCGACCACUCGUCGCCUUGCACUUGGCGACAUUGGGUUCAUAUUCCUCGAACAGGGUCUUAUGCUCGGUGAAGUUGUGGUGCUAUAUGCCAAAGGCGGCGGUAAGAAUGGUCGACAUGCGUCACAAUCAGAAGCGUUCAAUGUUGCCGCAAUGUCAUGGAUAGGCUUGAAGGUGUACGAGCACGUUUGUGGGCGGCGAUUUAGCAACAUCACGGAUACAACAUCGCAUUUCCUUACUCGUCACUUUGCAACCCUUCCCUCGCUCGCCUUCUUGUCCAGGCUCAAGGAUGCCCCGUUAAAACCUGCAAAUUCAAGUAGCAACAUGGAGAUAGAGUUGACGGAGCAAGACUGGGAAGUAUAUAGGCAGUUAUAUGCAUCGAAAGCGAAGCUAACAAAGGUAAUGGUACUAUCAAGGAAGAAAAAUAAGACUGCAUGGUUAUUGGACGAUUCGGAAGGGUAG